AUGAAAACAUGGGUCAAUAAUCACCUAAUAGUGUCUGAUCCUUCUCAGUCAAGGACGAUGAGAAACCAGACCCUGGUGACAGAGUUCAUCCUUCAGGGCUUCUCUGAGCACCCUCAGUACCAGCUGCUCUUAUUUAUCUGUUUCCUCUCUCUCUACUCUGUGGCCCUCCUAGGUAAUGUCCUUAUCAUCCUGGCCAUCACCUGCAACCCUGGGCUCCACACCCCCAUGUACUUUUUCUUGUUCAAUUUGGCUACCAUGGAUAUCAUCUGCACCUCCUCCAUUAUGCCCAAGGCCCUGAAGGGUCUGGUGUCAGAGAGGAACCCCAUCUCCUAUGGCGGCUGCAUGGCCCAGCUCUAUUUCCUUACGUGGGCUGCAUCCUCAGAGUUGCUCCUUCUCACGGUCAUGGCCUAUGACCGUUAUGCAGCCAUCUGCCAUCCUCUGCAUUAUGGCACCAUGAUGAGCAAAGCAUUUUGCAGCAUGUUGGCUGCUGGAGUGUGGGCACUCUGUGCUUUCAACACAGCCAUUCACACAGGACUGAUGACACGCUUGAAUUUCUGUGGCCCCAAUGUCAUUACACAUUUCUUCUGUGAGGUACCGCCUCUCCUGCUUCUCUCCUGUAGCUCCACCUAUGUGAACAGUAUCAUGAUUGUCUUGGCUGAUGCUUUUUAUGGCGUAUUGAACUUCCUGAUGACCAUUGUGUCAUAUGGCUUCAUCAUUUCCAGCAUCCUGAAGAUGCGGACCUCAGAAGGGAAACAGAAAGCCUUCUCUACCUGCUCUUCCCACCUCAUUGUGGUGUGCAUGUAUUACACUGCUGUCUUCUAUGCCUACAUAAGCCCCGUCUCCAGCUACAACCCAGAGAAGAGCAAGUUGGCUGGUGUGCUGUACACCAUGCUGAGCUCUACACUCAACCCUCUCAUCUAUACUUUGAGAAACAAGGAAGUCAAAGCCGCUCUCAGGAAACUUUUCCCUUUCCUCAAAAAUUAA